AUGGCUUCCGCCGACAUCAAGGGUUACUUCCGGCAGAAGAAGGGAGGCGUAUCCAAGAAACUCGCUUCCUCCUCCAGGAAGAAGUCCGGCAAAUCAAGCGUCGGCACGAUCUGUCUACCGGAGCCCACAGAAACCCCAUCCCUCACGGCCCACGGCAAGUUUGAUCGCCAAGAUGAAUACGGGGAUGGGGACGAGAAACUGAAGCAAUUCGACAUGGAUAUGAGGUACGGGCCAUGUGUCGGGAUCAGUAGGCUCGAGCGCUGGAAGAGGGCGUGCUCUAUGGGGCUUAAUCCACCUCCGGAGAUCGGAAAUCUUCUCCGAACCUUGUCGAAAUCAAAUCCCAAGCUGGAAUGCCUUUGGGAAGGAAGGGUUUGA